AUGGCUCUCUCCAAUGAUCCUCAUUGCAUAUUGAUGUUUAUGAUCUCAUUAUUUACUCUUGUUCUUUUUGCAUCAGCGUUAGAUAUUGUGUCAAUAAAUGAUGUGGCGGAAGCACCAACAUCUGCAGGAUCGGGCGGCCACGACGGCUUUUUACCUCUAGCAGGAAAGCAUGUGGUGAUCCACAACGUUGUAGAGAACGGGGAGACUGUGAACGUACAUUGCAAAUCUAGCGAGGAUGAUUUGGGAUUGAUCCAUAUCCCUUGGAAUCAUACAUGGGGUUUCAGAUUUCAUGUUAACUUUUGGAAAACUACGAGAUUCCGUUGCCAUUUUACGUGGGGAUAUGGAGGUGGAUCUCAUUAUUUUGAUAUAUUUAAAGUAUCAAGAGACGAUACGCCAUCUGGAAGUACUCCAGUCUGUAAAGAAUGUAUUUGGGAGGUGGGAAGUUACUCCACUUCACUCAAGCCUAUGUGUCGUAUAAAUCGCGAUGGGUCACUUCCUUACUGUUUCGACUGGGACGAUAAAUGA